AAGAAGACGACUUGUUCGGCCGUCUCCACACGACUGUGCAAAACUGCAAGGGCCCCCAACUAGGCGUCCGCCGGAUCAAAAAUCCCGUCAAAUCACAACCGUCCAGCGUGCCCUGCCGCUUUCCUCCCUUACCACGUCGGCGGCGGCGGCGGCGGUAGCCCAGUGGAGACGAAAGCCCUCCCGUCUCUUCCUAGCAACCGUUGCCGCACUUCUACUCUACUCCGCUCCGAUCGCCCCUCUCAGCCGCGCGGCCUGGAGUGCGAUUUCAGAGAGGUCCGUCUCGUUGGCUGCUCGUGUGCGGUGCGGCCGGCCGGAGGAAAUGGCGGCGGGAGGUGGCGUGGAGCAGGGCGAGGAGCUCUUCCUCCUCCGCUCCGUCGAGGAAGGGGGCGGCUUGUGCGUUGGGGAGCGCCCCUGGCGGCUCAACUUCGACGGCUUCCGGCGCCAGGGGCCGCAGCAGGAGAGGCCGCCGUCGCGUGGCCUCCAGGACUGCCUCGGCGUGCUAGCUCAAGGUCCUGGAGAUGUUGUGGCUGAGUACUACCAACAACAGUUGGAGAUGUUGGAAGGUUUCAAUGAAAUGGAUACACUGACAGACCGUGGUUGCCUUCCUGGAAUAUCCAAGGAAGAACGUGAGAAAAUUGCCCGAAGUGAGACAUUAGCCAUCCGAUUAUCUAACAUAGCAAACAUGGUUCUUUUUGCUGCAAAAGUUUAUGCCUCAGUAAGGAGUGGCUCCCUAGCUAUUAUUGCUUCAACACUGGACUCUUUACUUGACUUGUUGUCCGGGUUUAUUUUGUGGUUUACUGCCUUUUCAAUGCAAACACCAAACCCAUACAGGUACCCAAUUGGUAAAAGGCGCAUGCAACCUUUGGGAAUACUUGUUUUUGCUUCUGUUAUGGCAACACUUGGUCUUCAAAUUAUCCUAGAAUCCACGCGCUCAUUAGUAUCAUCUAAUGGAGCUGAAUUCCGCUUGACAAAAGAACAGGAAAUGUGGGUUGUGAAUAUUAUGUUGGCAGUGACGCUGGUGAAGCUUCUACUUGUUAUAUAUUGUCGCUCAUUCACCAACGAAAUUGUGAAGGCAUAUGCACAGGAUCACUUUUUUGAUGUCAUCACCAACACUAUUGGGCUUGUUGCUGCACUUCUUGCUAACUAUUUUGAGGGCUGGAUCGACCCAGUUGGUGCAAUCAUUCUAGCGGUGUACACAAUCAGGACAUGGUCCAUGACGGUGCUGGAGAACGUGCACUCCCUGGUCGGCCAAUCGGCCUCGCCGGAGUUCCUCCAGAAGCUCACCUACCUGUGCUGGAACCAUCACAAGGCCGUCAGGCACAUCGACACGGUGCGGGCCUACACCUUCGGCUCCCACUACUUCGUCGAGGUAGACAUCGUCCUGCCCUGCGACAUGCCCCUGCAGGAGGCGCACGACAUCGGCGAGGCCCUGCAGGAGAAGCUGGAGCGCCUGCCGGAGAUCGAGCGCGCCUUUGUCCACCUCGACUACGAGUUCACCCACCAGCCCGAGCACGCCCAGUCCUACGACAGAUAGCAUAGCCUGAAGUCCUCAACCCCGCUGGCGGCGGCGUUGUAACUUGUAAGUGGGACUCGAGAGCCUGAGCUGAAGCUGUUGAACACGGCAUAAUUUCAGAAAUCUGGAUGUCAAACCUGUUGUCACUUGCGGAUUCAGCUGUGCAGUUUGAUUUCUUAGUUUAUUAUUUGCUUUUUUGACCA